GAGUCGUCAUCGUGAGCGCAGUCGGGCUCGCUCUCUCUGACAGACAGCGUGGACUAAAGAUGGUGCUCGACUUGGACCUGUUUCGCACCGACAAAGGUGGCGACCCAGAAGCUAUCCGCGAGACCCAAAGGAAGCGGUUCAAAGAUGUGACGCUCGUCGACAAACUGGUCGCCGCCGAUACGGAGUGGAGGAAAUGUCGCUUCACCGCAGACAACCUGAACAAAGCGAAGAACCUCUGCAGCAAGAGCAUUGGCGAGAAAAUGAAGAGGAAGGAGCCAGUGGGAGAGGAUGAGUCUGUGCCUGAAGAAGCACAAAACGUGGAGUCCUUAACGGCUGAAAUGCUCUCGCCCCUGACGGUCGGCCAGAUCAAGAAGGUGCGCCUUUUGGUGGACGAGGCGGUGGAGAAAAGCGACAGUGAGAGGAUAAAGCUGGAGGCGGUGCGCUUCGAGUACCUGAGGGAGGUCGGCAACCUUCUGCACCCGUCGGUGCCCAUCAGCAAUGAUGAGGACGCAGACAACAAGGUGGAGCGUACCUGGGGCGACUGCAGCGUCCAGAAGAAGUACUCCCAUGUGGACCUGGUGGUCAUGAUUGACGGCUUUGAUGGAGAGAGGGGAGCUGUUGUGGCUGGGAGCCGAGGUUACUUUCUGAAGGGCCCCCUGGUGUUCCUGGAGCAGGCCCUGAUCACCUACGCCAUGAGGAUCCUCCACAGCAAGAACUACACCAUGCUCUACACGCCCUUCUUCAUGAGGAAAGAGGUCAUGCAGGAAGUCGCCCAGCUCAGCCAGUUUGAUGACGAGCUUUACAAGGUCAUCGGUAAGGGCAGCGAGAAGUCGGACGACACAUCCGUCGACGAGAAGUACCUCAUCGCCACCUCCGAGCAGCCCAUCGCGGCCUUCCUGAGGGACGAGUGGCUCAAACCCGAGGACCUGCCCAUCCGCUACGGCGGCUUCUCCACCUGCUUCCGGCAGGAAGUGGGCUCCCAUGGCCGAGACACCCGCGGGAUCUUCAGGGUCCACCAGUUUGAGAAGAUCGAGCAGUUCAUUUACGCCUCACCGCACGACGGCAAAUCGUGGGAGAUGUUUGACGAGAUGAUCGGGACGGCAGAGGAGUUCUACCAGACGCUAGGAAUUCCUUAUCGCAUCGUCAACAUCGUCUCUGGUGCCCUGAAUCAUGCCGCCAGCAAGAAGCUGGACCUGGAGGCCUGGUUUCCAGCCUCCGGUGCCUUCCGAGAGCUGGUCUCCUGCUCGAACUGCACGGACUACCAGGCCCGCCGCCUCCGGAUCCGCUACGGCCAGACCAAGAAGAUGAUGGACAAGGUGAGCAGAGACGGAGAUCUCAGUUAGGAUACGGAGGUGCUCUCCCCCUCUAAACACACCUCCUCUCUGUGCGUCACGCAGGCCGAGUACGUGCACAUGUUGAACGCCACCAUGUGCGCCACCACCCGCGUGAUGUGUGCCAUCCUGGAGAAUUACCAAACCGAGGACGGCAUCGUCGUGCCAGAGGUGCUCCGGCCGUUCAUGCCUCCUGGUUUGACAGAGUUCAUAAAGUUCGUCAAGCCCGCUCCCAUCGACCAGGAGACGUCGAAGAAAGCCAAGAAACAGAACGACGGCGGGAAGAAGAAGAAGCAGCAGAAGCAGGGCGGGGAGGACCAGAACCUUCCCGACGCCAUGGAGACCAUGUCCGUCAACAACUCGUAGCUUCGCCACGCAGAUGAACGCCGAUGGAGCGGAGAGCCUCCUGUGUGCUGACCCUGGGUCAGCUCUGCUGUUACCGUCGUCCUCACGGUGGAGGACGGCUCCGUCGCAUCUGUGUCUGUCUGAAUGGAUGCUGUUCAUCUCAGCUGUUCCUCUCCACAAUCACCUGGAGCACUCUGACCGUCUGUCCCCCCCGUCUGUCUGACCGUCUGUCCCCCUCUCACCUCGGCACCUCUCACUGAGCCGAAAGCAAACAGAUGAGACUGCUGCUAAACUUCCGGCUUCACUUCAUUGCAGUAGUAUCGAAGACUUAAACGUCACCAGUUUGUGUUUGUCUCCAGCUUUUUUAGGAUCUGUCAUGGGCAAUAAAAGCUGUGUGGGUAUUUUUUAUUUUCCAGUGUUACUUAUGGGUAACUGAAAUCUCCAUUAAUCUGCUUUUUUACGAGAUCAAAACCUGCAUCUCUUCUGUAAAAUGUCGUUAUUAUUUUAGGGUCUGAAACGGCUUUAAAGUGGAUCCAAAUUCUAAAAUACAGUCUUAAUUUAGGCUUCCACCUUCUCUCAUCUUCCUCUCUCACCACAAUCAUCGAUCAUUGUUGCGCAAAAUAAAAUGAUGCAGCAUUGAUGAAGUGGCACAAAACAAAUAUUAAAAACAGUUGAUAUGGAAGGUA